AUGCCUUGCGGAUUAGGAGGAUCAAAAACGACCCAGAGGAAAUUGGUCUUACUAUACUUCCCAACGGUAUAUGAACCUACAGUCUUUGAGAAUUACGUUCAUGCGGGACUUCGACUUACAUUUUCGUCCAUUUCAGAUAUCUUCGUCGAUGGUACACAUAUCGAACUUUCCCUAUGGGAUACAGCCGGUCAAGAAGAAUUCGACCGGUUACGCUCCCUUUCUUACGAUGACACACACGCAAUAAUGCUUUGUUUCUCCGUCGACUCAAAAGAUUCCCUGGAAAACGUCGAAUCUAAAUGGGUGGGCGAAAUUGCCGAGAAUUGUCAGGGUGUCAAACUAGUUCUAGUCGCAUUGAAGUGUGACUUGAGAGAACAAGGAGCGGAUGAUGAAGCGGCAGAGGGAACAGAUGGUGCAGAGCCCAGGGAAAAGAAACCAAUGAUUGAUUAUAAUCAAGGCUUGGAAGUCGCGAGAAGAAUCAAUGCCCUGAGAUAUUUGGAAUGCUCGGCAAUGAGGAAUAGGGGAGUUAACGAGGCCUUUACGGAAGCGGCUAGAGUCGCGUUAAGUGUUGAUCCGAAUGGGGGUGAUGGGAAUGGGAAGUGUGAGGUUAUGUAG